UUUAACCUGUCCACACAGAGCAUAGUUUGUUGUACGCUCGAUCUGAGAUGCUGCAGGAACUUGAAGCGUGAAGUAUUUUUGAUCCAUUAUGUCUCUGGUGGGUUCUUGUCCGAGCUGCGGCUCCUCCAACAUCGUGGACGAUGACCUGUACGCUCAGGCCCAGCUGGUGUGCGCGGACUGCGGCUGCGUGGUGUCCGAGGGGGUCCUGGCCGACGACCCGGUCGGAGGUUCAGAUGUCAGCUACAGCAGAACCACGGCUGUGACAAAACAACCCUGUUUAAACCAUAGAAAAGGUCUGGAGCGUGUGAAAGAAAUAUGUCGGAUUCUGAGGCUGCGCUUGGAAAUUGAGGAUCUGGCGCAGACUUAUUUCAAGCAAGCCUUUGAGCACGAGAGUUUCAUCAGAGUAACCCUUCAGAAGAAGGAGGUUCUGGCCGGUUGCUGCGUGCUCCUAAGCUGCAGACAGCUGAACUGGCCGAUUACCAUCGGAACCAUCAGCUGCCUGCUGAAUGCUGACCCAGCUUUGGUCGGAGGGGUUUAUCUGGAGAUGCUCAAGAUCCUCAAUGUUGAGCCGUCCACCCUCAACAUCACUGAUGUCUUAGAAGCUCACUGUCGGGAAUACAAAAUAAGCUCCUCUCACGUUCCAGAAGAAUUGGCUGAGGACUCGAAGGAUCUGAUGAAACGAGCCGUGGCGCUGGUGGAGCUGGCAGCACACUCCUGGAUCGUUACGGGUCGGAGGCCCGUACCCAUCAUGAUGGCGACGAUUUAUUUGGCCUGGCAGUCUUUGAACCCCAAUAAGCUUCGUUUAAAAUUCUCCCUGGGGAAGUUCUGUCAGCUAGCCAAAGUGCAAAAGAGCAAACCUGCUUUGGCUAGGACAGCAGAGUUAAAGGAGACGUUGUGUAAGCUAGGAAAGGAAAUUCCCUGGGUUGGGGAAACAGUGACCCCAGGUAAUGUCGUUAAGCUAGUGGGGGAUAUUCUGGAGCACAGGUACGUCCUGCUCAGCAGGGCUCUGAGAACCCACGAGGACACCAUGCAGGCUGAGCAUCAGAGCGGCCCUGUUGACCCUCCAACAGGAGAAAUGGUUCAGAUCUCUGAGCGUGUGGAUCAGACUGCUGCUGCCUCCUCUGUGGAGCAGCUCUGUUCGAGGAAUGAAAGGGACAAACAAGCAGAGGAGGGAGACGCUCCAGACUGUGAACCAAACUGGGGUAAAAGGUUACUGUUUGCCCCACCGUGUGUGAUUCAUGCUAAGAAGAGGAGAGUGGAGCAGCCGAUGCUAGAAGUAACUGGCGAUGAGGAAAUCUCUGACAGUGAGAUCGAUUCGUACAUCCGCUCCCCUCGAGAAGUGCGGGACUUCAUCCGAACUCAGGAGGUGCUGUCAUCGUCCAGCAGCGGGACUCUUUAGACGGUGCUUAAAUAUAUAAAGCUUAAAGGACACUUUCUGCAAUAAAAUGUGUGCGUGUGUG